AUGGCCUUAGGGAAUGACUCUUCACUGACUGAGUUUAUCCUGCUGGGUUUAACACAAGAGCCAGAACUCCAGCUGCCCCUCUUUUUCAUUUUCUUGGGAAUAUAUAUGGUCACUGUGGUGGGAAACAUUGGCUUGAUUAUUCUGAUCGGUCUGAAUCCUCACCUGCACACUCCCAUGUAUUACUUUCUUUUCAAUCUUUCCUCCAUUGACCUCUGCUACUCUUCUGUCAUAACUCCCAAAAUGCUGAUGAGUUUUGCAAACCAGCACGUAAUCUCUUAUGCAGGGUGCAUGGCUCAGCUCUAUUUCUUCUCCUUCUUUGUUAUUGAUGAGUGCUGCAUUUUGACAUCAAUGGCUUAUGACCGAUAUGUGGCCAUCUGUAAGCCCCUGCUUUACAAGGUCACCAUGUCCCAUCAGGUCUGCCUCCUGCUGACUGUGGGUUCAUAUGCGAUGGGGCUUGUGGGCGCCAUGGCCCACACUGGAUGCAUGCUGAGACUGUCCUUCUGUGAUGGCAACGUCAUCAAUCAUUACAUGUGUGACAUACCUCCUCUCCUUCGGCUCUCCUGCACCAGCACCUACAUCAAUGAGCUGGUGGUGUUCAUCGUGGUGGGCAUUAAUGUCAUAGUGCCCAGUCUCACCAUCUCCAUUUCUUACACCUUGAUCCUCUCCAGCAUCCUCCGCAUCCGUUCUACAGAGGGCAGGUCCAAAGCCUUCAGUACCUGCAGCUCCCACAUCAUUGUGGUUUCUCUUUUCUUUGGAUCAUCAGCAUUCAUGUAUCUUAAGCCUUUUCCUGCCGGGUCUCUGGAUCAAGAUAAAGUGACCACAGUGUUUUACACCAUUGUGGGGCCAAUGAUGAAUCCUUUCAUCUACAGUUUGAGAAACAAAGAUGUCCAAGUUGCCCUGAGUAAGACUUUGAGGAAAAAGUUGUUCUGCUAAAUGGAAUCUGUGUUAGUGAUGCCAAAUCCUCAUAAGGGC